UUUAGAUUGAUUUACUAAUAAUCCGUUUAUAUGAUGAUCUGAUGUGACUAGUGUAUUAAUUGUAUAUUAAAGGAUCAAAAUACAUUUAUCACCCAGAUAGAUUAGUUCUAUCAUCAUGACAUCAAUAAUUACAAUUCUCAUACUAUCAUUGAUUGAAUGUGCGUUUGGUUACACCAGUGUUGACAUUUUUAAUUUUAAAAUUCCACCAGGUUCUCACGUAUUUCAUGGGAGAUUCAACGCAUCUGGGAUUUAUAAAAUGAUUAUUCAUGAACCUAAUGGUAUAAAAGUUGUCAAAUUCGGAUCUGAUUUUCUUUUCCCUCAUUUUGAUAUUGCCGAGUUCGAAAAAAAUGUAGAAUACCAUAAAUUGGCAAUCGAGUUGUUUUUAGAAGACAACAAAAGAUUUGUUAUAAUUCAUAUAUUCACUUCUAAUUCAGAUUCCUCAUUCACAUACCAAAGAUUUAUAUUUAGGAUUAAUCCACUAACAUACAGUUCUAUAACAAUUGGCCAAUUACUUUCUCAUAUUCAGACGGAUAUUUUUUUAUCAUUCGAUGUUUCAGCAAAUAAUUGCCACCCCUUCUUAAAAGUUACUACACAAAUGCUAAAUGGGAACGAAAUAAAGCUUUAUUCUAUAAGUGACAGUUUUUAUAAUGUUAAAUUUAAUGGGAUUGAAGCACCUAAAUAUGCCAUAGGAUCGGUAUACGAUUCAAAAAUUCCAGCUGCAAUAUGUUAUUCCAAAAUAGGAGUAUUUGCGCCAUCGUGUGUAAAAAUUGCAAUUUUUAACAGGAACUGGCAAAAAAUCGUUCAACUCGAUAGUGGACUCAGGCUCGAGUUUAGCAUAAGCAAAUUUUUAGAAGCUAAGUACUGGUUUUUGACUAAAAAAUCCACAGAUCCUGUUCAUGAUAUACGAAUUCAGUCAGCUAUUUAUGCUUAUGACGUGAUCCACAACGCUCCUGGAGUUUUGCCGAUAGUAUUGGACAUAUCAGAAAAUGUCGAUCCUGACCUAUAUGGAAUAGAAAAGGUCAAAGGAUGGGCGGGCGAAUGGAGUUACACAUUAUAUAAAGUUAAAAAAAAAUAUCAAGGAUUUCAAACUAUCAAAUCAGUUUUUGAAACAUCAGUGAGUGUUCAAAAGAUUUACACACCAAAAGAAAAUGUUGAACAUGUUUACGUCGAAGUGUUGAAAAAUAAUCAGAAAACAAUGUUAUUUAUAUUUUCAUACGUGAAGGAGAAUAUUAGCUUGAAAUUAGAAUGGGAAGUAUUCCAAAAAUCAAGUGGUGAUCAAGAAUAUACAAAACUAAGCGAACAAGAAUCAGAAAUAGCAAUAAAUGAAUUUAAGCAAAUAUAUCCAAUAAAAAUAGAUGUUACAGUUGAAGAAGAGCCAACGUCGUUGUACGAAAAGAGAGAAUUGUCGGAUGAGGAAGAGACCUUUAACUACUUUUCAAUCAAAGAGACGAACGAGUUCGGAGAAGACAAUUCGCAAAAAUAUACAUUGGGGAAUAUUUAUGGAUUAUACAAAUAUGAAAUUGGAAACAUUGAGUGUGAACCAUACAGGGAAAAAAAGAGCAUAAUAAUGGAAAAUGCAAAUAACAAAGAGAUCAUAAUAAAAAAGUAUGAAAUAGAAGAUAUUCGUAGAGAGCGUUAUGAAAUAUACGAAUGCAUAAAUUAACAAAAAAAUAUGGAAGGAAAAAAUAAAAAAUUAAAUUAUUCUAACAUGUUAGUAUAGGGAAUCCUUGAGUGUAUGUUGUAACUGCAGUUUUUUAUAAUUUAUUACAUAUUUUGCAAUGGAAUCAUUUCUCAAUUUUCCAAAAUCGAAUUAUAUGAACUUAGACUCAAAAUGUAUGGUAUCGAUACAAUGAGAUGGAGUAGAAUACAACACAUGGAGAUAUCAGAUUUAGGCAGAAGUUAAUUUGCACAUAAUCACACACAUUCCCUAGUUAUGCUAUAAAAUACACACAAACGAUAUUAAACAUAAUUUAGUUCAAGUUAUCUAAAAUAUACAUUUUUCAUAACCCAUUAUAAUGGUGUUUAUCAGAUCACACAAUACCUGAGAUUUCUGAUUAAGACAUAAAUAUUACAAUGAAGUGAGAUCUACAAAUCUAAAUAAUGGAAAGACCAAUUUUAGCCAUUGUUUUUGAAACACAUAUAUUUAAGUCGGAUCUAUAUCAAAUGUUUGUCAUUUUACUGACUUUCAACUAUCAAGC